AUGUCUUGGUCUGAUGAAUGGCUCACGCUGCAUGGGCUGCAGCAGUACUACGUCAAGCUCAACGAGAGAGAAAAGAACCGUAAACUCCUCGACCUCCUGGACGUGCUAGAGUUUAACCAGGUGGUGAUCUUCGUGAGGUCGGUGCAGCGCUGCAUGGCCCUGGCCCAGCUACUCGUGCAACAGAACUUCCCAGCCAUCGCCAUCCACGGGGCCAUGGCCGGGCUCCAGAACCUCGGCAACACCUGUUACGCGAAUGCAGCCCUGCAGUGCCUCAGCUAUACCCCGCCCCUGGCCUGCUACCUGCUGUCCAAGCAGCACUCCGGGGCCUGCGCGCAAUAGGCGUCCUGCACCCUGUGUGCCCUGCAGGCUCACGUGACCCGGGACGUCAUCACGCCGGAGGGGGAGCUGCUCGCGGGCUUCCACGAGAACCGGCAGGAGGACGCCCACGAAUUCCUCCUGUUCACGCUGGACACCCUGCAGCGGGCCUGUGUGCAGGAGAAGCGGCCGCCGCCGCCACCGCCACCGCAGGGCAGGCCCUCCUAAGAGGAUGCCACCCUGAUCCGCGGGGUCUUUGGAGGCCACUGGAGAUCUCGGACCCAGUGUCUCCGCUGCCACGGCAUUUCCGACACCCUGGACUCUUACCUGGACAACGGCCUGGACAUCCAGGUGGCACAGAGCGUGACCCAGGCCCUGGACCUGCUGGUGAGGCCCGAGUGGCUGGACGGGGCCGACGGCUACAAGUGCGGCGCGUGCCUCCGGAAGGUGCUGGCCACCAAGACGCUGCCCCUCCGCACCUGCCACAGCAGCCACUACUUCUACUACGUCCGAGAAGCGGGCGGCCCCUGGCUCAAGAUGGACGACGCCCAGGAACAAUCCCCACCGAAGCCUGAGUUCAACCUCAGGGAAGUCGAGUGUGCCCUGCCUGCCGAAGCCGUUGUCAUUCACCAGUCCCGGAGCAGCGGUGGCAGGACCGACCACCUGCUCAACCACCCAGCCGGGGACGUCCUCCCCUGGGUGGCCAAGGUCACUGGCCAAGGUCCUGGUCCCAGAGGGGAAGCCAAGGAGAACAGGAGGAAGCACAAGAAGUGGCACAGGUCCGUGCCUGCAUGCCAGUGA